AUGACUACCCCACAGCCCAUGAAACAUGCGCCCUCGCAGCAGGGCAAGACGCCUCAGUAUGCCGCCGCGACACCGGGCGCAUCUGCCUCGACGCCCUACUCGAACCUCCACGCAGCCUUCUCGCCUCACGGUCCUAAGUCGUCCCCGCAGCAGGUUAAGAAGUCGCCCGCGACCGGCGUCAUGAUGGCAGUGAACAAUAGCGUGAACAGCCAGUCUAGCAAUAGUGCAUCGGCGCCCAUGAACUUCGACAGCCCCUCUGCCGCAGCGUUUAACAGCAUGUUGGGCAUGGGCACCUUCGAUGCAUCACUCGAUAACAUGGGUAUGGGUGUAGGUGGCAUAACCAUACCACGGCCCAGUGGAGACGAGGAGAGGCAAAAGAAGCUGGAGGAGAUCACACAUAUAUUGAAGCAAAAGAAGGGUGUUGUCAGUGAAGAGGGUCUAGAGAGGCUCGUGAAGAAUAAUGCCCUGGAUGCGAUGUGGGAAGACCGAAAACCUUACAAGGUACUACUUAUAGCAGGAGCUACAAUCGCCUUGGAGAUCGGCAUCAAAGACCACGCGGUGCGGACAGUCGACCUUCAAUUUGCUUACUCAGGCCCAGAUGUCUUGAAGCACACGGCCCGGGCGGAGGCUAUACUGCUGGAGAACCUGAAGCUGGCACCAGGCCAGAUGGCUUGGACCAAACAGCUCGACAACUUCGCAAAUAACCUCGAAACGCUCGCAGCUCUUGACAAGCUCAGCAUCAUCGACGAAAAGAAGGGGGCGGUCCUGUUGACAUAUGACGCGAUCGCAGGGCUUUUUGAGAGUCUGCAGAAGGUGCAUGAUUGGGAUGUUCAGCAGCUACGCAAAGAGCCGAGGUACGACGGAAAGCCCGAUGAGCACCUCCGCAUCAUUGCGAUGUGCGAGCGGACCGGUCGCCCUCUCAUGCACGAGAAAGGGUUUGUAGGCCUGCGAUUGGAGUAUUGGCGCAAUCAACGAUACUUUGUCCCACCGCCAGCAAAAGCUGAGCGCUGGUACAAGGACUCGAAGCACUGGGCCAUCUUGGUGAGCUGUGCCCGGAGGGAUCCUAUGGUCUACCAGGGCGCUCUGAGAGUCUCGAAUAAAUGGAUCGGAGAUGAAGUGGAAGUCUCCGCGCCAGAGGGCCUGCUGCCUGAUUUAAACUGGCAGCAGCCGCCUGAUGUCGUGUUGCCCGAGAAGCCUGGCGACGAGCUGCUGCUGACGAGCCCAAGGCUGCCAGAAGUCAUGUUCAUGGCCAUACUUGACCCGCCAGUCACCCUCCCCAUUACGGUUUGGAGCGACAUCCACCAAUUCACCGGGGCGCCUGUGGUCCAUCCUGCAUUCAUGCAGACCUUCGACUAUCUUAUAUUACCUGUUGUUGGGCACUACAAUCCUAGCGAGCCACGCACAGUAAAGAUGAAAAAGUUCGUCAACACGAGGCAGAAAGAUGGCACUUCCAAACGGGUAGCGCACGAGAACGGCCUGUUCAUACAUAAGCCUGUUUACGGCCAGACCCUGAGCGAGCUGCCAUUCUCUCAUCCUCAACAACUGAUCCACAUGCUGCCCAUUCUAAGGCAGUACGCCUUCCUACGGAACCUGCUCGACAAGUCCUUUGGCGGCCAGGCUGAGAAGUCCACGGCCGGUCCAGCAACUGCAAAUGACAACAACACUUUGACGAUGAUUGCCAAAACCGAUGAAUACGAUACCUUCAUGAACAAUGCAAUGGCGGACGCGGACCAUCUCGACAGCAGCGCGGUCAAAAUCGACGUGACGCUGAACGCGCACCCACAACCAAACCCUAAGCUACAAAUCAUGUUUCCCUUCCGAGAAAGGCCCGCAGAUGUCACUGUCGAUAUCGGAGUGAACGGCGUGGUCACAGUCGAUUCUACAAACGUCGUGGACGAUCAAGGACAGGUGCUUGAUGAGGAAGGGAACCCUCUCUCAGGAUCAUCGCCAAACCCAGCGCACACCAAGGAGAGGCUGGCCCGCAUGCUGAUGUUCUUCGAGAACAUUGACACUUGGUGUGAAUGGAUUCGCAUCAAUGUUGGCCCCGAGUAG